GAGGCGCACCGUAAUGACAGCAAGACUUGUGACUCGCUUGCUGAAGAUAAGUGAACUCACGGGUUUGGACAAGUGCGAUCGAAGCCCACAAGUUCAGUCGAAGCCUCGCCUGAGUUCGGACGCUGGCGUCACACGCUUCGCUCGCUCGGACAUUCGCGAUUCUCAACUAUCUCUCUCUCCGUACCGUUGGUUCAACUCACCCGGUUCGGUCAGCCAUGCCCUGUGUUUUUGUCUAUGGCACCCUGAAAAGAGGGCAGCCGAACCACUACCGCAUGUUGGAGAGCAGCAAUGGCGCCGCAGAGUUCUUGGCCACAGCUCAGACGGUCCAGACCUACCCUCUGGUGAUCGCGACGGCCUACAACGUACCCUUCCUGCUCAACAUUCCCGGCGUGGGACAAAGAGUCCACGGUGAGAUAUACAGAGUGGACGAGCAGAUGCUGAAAUUCCUGGAUGACUUUGAAAGCAUUCCCAGCAUGUACCAACGGACCUCCAUCCAGCUGGAGGUGAGAGAGUGGGCCAGGAGCAAGGAAGGGGAAGACUCUCCUGCAACAGGCAGCAUCACUGAGGCAUUUGUGUACAGCACCACCACAUACCAACCCGAGUGGAAAACACUGCCUACCUAUGAUAGCUAUGAUUCAUUUGGCGCUCAUGGACUGCAGUACACAUAUCGAGAAGCCCGGGACUGACAUCACUUGAGUACUGUACUUAGUUUUAACCAGUCCCUGGAAUGUUUGGCGUCCUCGGGGAAAAUACCUUUUCAAAUGGUGAUCAAGAUAGUCCACAUUCCUUUUUGACUUGAAUUGUCAUGUAGUCUCGAGCACAGCAUCACAGUAGUUGGGGGAGUAAGUGAAUAAAAUGCCUCUGAGAAUGUUUUUAUUCCUGGGAAUUUUGUGGUUAGAAAACAGGACUCACCAUCUGCUGUACGUUUUGUCAAAACUCUUACAGCUCAAAUCCUGUUGCACUGGUGAAUUGACACAUCCAACUCCUCUGCUGUGAGCUUGUGUUCAUCUUUGCACAUUUCCUGGGCAUUAGAAAUUCAAUGAUUGUGAAGUGGGAAAAUAAGAACUUGUAUUUCCUGCUACAGCCUGAGCUAUCGCUCCUUUAGAGUGUGAAGAAAUGUGUUCUUUUGAGUAGCAUCUUCUCCAUUUCAAAAUGAAUUUGUGUGUGUCUGUAGGGAAGGAAACCCAACCCCUUCAAUGACCUUUUUAAAUGUGUCAAUGACAAGUUUUUUUUUUACUUCACUUCUCUUAGAAAAUGGAAACAAAUAAAGAUAAACCCGUUGACAUUUAAUUG